GUAACACUGAGCCUUGCUACAGCUGAAGUACUGCCUUCUCUCUGCAUUUGUUUAACCUCUUGGUCUUUUGUGUUUGCAAAUAGGAACUACAGUCACUGGAAUCAAUUCCUUUUAUUUAGGAACUUUCUGUUUGCACAUUCCUGCACAGCCAGUGACUGCAACUAAAUAUUCAUCUACCUUAUCAACACCCUCCAACUGCCUUCCUCCAGACUCACCAUUGUCUACUUAACAAAGCUCUGCAAAGACUCAUCUGUGCACACAGAACAGGAAGUCUCCUCCCCUCCAGAUCAGAUACCAACAUUCAGAGACUCUAGUCACUGCUGUGAGCUUCACAAGAGAUUCUGAUUUUUUUCUGCUAUGGAUGAGCUGUACAGGGAUGCAGAUAUACAACUCACCGCUGAACAAAAAAUGAGGAGUCUCAAGCAAGGAAAAAAAACAGUAGAAGACUACAUCACCGAAUUUAAAUUAUAUGCAUCAGAUUCUGCCUGGAGUUCGGUUUCCCUAAGAAAUCAGUUCAGACUGGGAUUGUCUGACUCAGUUAAAGAUGAACUUGCUCGAAUAGAAAUGCCAAGUACCUUAGAAGCACUUAUGAAACUGGCAACACAAAUUGACCGAAGACUCAGGGAACGCAAGGCAGAACGCAGCUAUUCUGAAACUACAUCUAAGCCAUCUUCAUCUACUUACUCACACCAGAGACCUAUAACUACAGAACAAGCAACACCCAUGGAGAUUGGAGUUAUUAGAGGACCCCUUACCGCAGAUGAAAGAAUGAGACGUAAAACCAACCAUCUCUGUAUGUAUUGUGGCAAUUCCAACCAUAUGGUCACAGAUUGCCCCAUCUUACGCAAGAACAAAAAGAGUAAGUUUUUAACUAUAAAUAAUACUAGUCAUGUAGAAAAAACACUUUCUUAUUGCAAUUUAUCUCUUACUCUGCAGUGGGACCUUAGAAGACUCACAACCAAUGCCAUAGUGGACUCCGGAGCUUUUGGCAAUUUCAUAGAUAUCAGCACUGUUCAAAAAAAUAAAAUACCUACCGUAUUAAAAAAAACUCCAGUCUCUCUCAAGGUUAUUGAUGGUUCUGAUCUAAAAUAUGGUCCAAUCACACAUAACACAAUUCCAAUAUUAGUUACUAUUGAUGGGGCACAUACAGAAUAUCUUACAUUUGACAUCAUACCAUCACCACAUUUUCAGGUUGUUUUGGGUCUGUAUUGGUUACAGUUACACAACCCUAGCAUCAAUUGGUCUAGUUUCUCAGUAAACUUUACUUCACCCUAUUGUGAAAGCACUUGUUACCCACAGCCUGUAAUACUUCAAGCAACUACUGAAGAAGUAAAAAUACCUGAACCCUAUCAAGAUUUUGUUGAAGUCUUCAGUAAGUCUGAGGCUGAAUCAUUACCCCCGCACCGGGUUUAUGACUGCCCGAUAGAACUAAUCCCUGGAGCAACAUUACCAGUUGGUCACUUAUACCCAUUAAGUCAACCGGAAUUGGAUCAUUUAAAGCAAUACCUACAGGACAACCUAAGGAAAGGUUUCAUACGCCCCUCUUCCUCUCCUGCCGCAGCUGGUAUGUUCUUCGUGACCAACAAAGACUCUACUCUCAGACCUAUAAUAGAUUAUAGGGAGCUCAACAAACGUACAGUAAAAAACCGGUACCCACUUCCAUUGAUACCGGAACUGAUCGAACGCCUAACCAAUGCAUCCAUUUUCACAAAGCUUGAUUUAAGGGGGGCUUACAACCUAAUCCGUAUAAGGGAAGGCGACGAAUGGCUCACUGCAUUCAGAACGAGGUAUGGCCUCUAUGAAUACCUAGUGAUGCCAUUCGGCCUUUGUAAUGCCCCCGCAACCUUCCAACACUUCAUAAAUGACAUAUUCCGUGAUUUACUAGAUGUCUGUUUGGUUGUAUAUCUUGAUGAUAUUCUAAUUUAUUCUAAUAACAUAUCAGACCACAUAAAACAUGUACGUUGGGUGUUAGCUCGUUUAAAAAUACAUAAGUUAUAUGCAAAAUUAGAGAAGUGUUCUUUCCACAACACUUCCAUUUCAUUUCUAGGAUACACCAUUUCCUCAGCUGGCAUUCAGAUGCAGUCAGAAAAGGUCGAAGCAGUUAAACAUUGGCCACAGCCUACUGAUCGGAAAUCUUUGCAAAGAUUUCUUGGUUUCGCUAACUAUUAUCGAAAAUUUAUAAAGAAUUUUUCGACGGUUGUAAAACCACUCACUCAACUCACUGGAACUACACAUCCAUUCCUAUGGGAAGAAAAGCAUACUCAUGUUUUUGAAAAUUUAAAAAGAUUAUUUACAGAAGCUCCUAUACUAAUGUUGCCAAAUGUUGAACUACAAUACAUACUGGAGGUAGACUCUUCAGAUUAUGCUAUAGGUGCUGUAUUAUCCCAACAAAAAGCUCCUAACGAACCUAUGCACCCAAUCUCUUUCUUUUCUAAGACCAUGACAUCAGCAGAAAGAAACUAUGCAAUUGGGGAUAAAGAAUUGCUAGCCAUUCGUCGAUCUUUGGAAUUCUGGAGACACCUUCUUGAAGGUGCAAAGAAAACUUUCAUAAUCUACACUGACCAUAAAAACCUACAAUAUCUCCAAAAUAAUAAAACCUUGUCAGCCAGACAGGUUAGAUGGAGUCUUUAUUUUGCUAGAUUCGAUUUCCAAAUCAUAUAUCGACCUGCUUGCAAAAAUGGAAAAGCGGAUGCACUUUCCCGUCAACUAUCAAUACCUCCAACAUUUUCAAAACCCUCAAAUAUCAUACCAACGGAAAGAUUCAUUGGGUUGACCUCAGAUUUCAUCUCGGAUGUUAAGAAGUUUUCAAAUACUCCACCCCCUGACUCCAAAUUUGACUUGAUCAUCAAGGAUGGAAUAUAUUACUAUAAAGAUAGAAUCUACUUACCUGAACCCCUCAGACUAGAAAUAAUCAAAGAACACCAUGAUACUCCAUUAUCUGGACACCCAGGAGAAACUCGUACAUUACAGCUGUUAACUAGAUUAUACUGGUGGCCGAACAUGAAAAGGUCUAUCUCUGAAUACAUCAAGGGCUGUAUUACCUGUCAAACUUGUAAAACUGAAAAGAAAACACCAUAUGGCUUAUUAAUGCCCAUUCCAGUUUCAGACAGACCAUGGAAACAAAUCGGAAUCGAUUUCAUCGUUGAUUUACCUCCCUCUAAAACUCACACCACUAUAAUGGUAGUCGUUGAUAGCUUCUCAAAAAUGGCACAUUUUAUACCAUUCCAUAAGCUGCCAAGUUCAGCUGAAACUGCCACUCUCUUUAUCGAACAAAUAGUCAGGUUACAUGGAGUACCAUCCAUUGUGAUCUCAGAUAGGGGUUCCCAAUUCACUUCCAGAUUCUGGAAAAGCCUAUGUCUUUCCCUUGGUAUCAAACACCAAUAUACAACAUCAUUCCACCCUCAAGCUAACGGACAAGUAGAAAGAAUAAAUCAAUGGUUGGAUGAAUACCUACGAUGUUUCUGUUCCUAUCAACAACAUAACUGGAUAACAUUUCUACCAUUUGCAGAAUUUGCGUACAAUAAUCUAACUAAUUCUUCAACUAAACUUACUCCGUUUUUCGCGAAUUAUGGAUAUCAUCCUUCUUUCACUCAAGUUUCCUCUACUCCUUCAGAUUCUCCCCUGGUGGAUGAAUUCAAUAAUUCACUACAGGAUAAUUUCAAUUUUAUUAAAGACAAUAUUAUAAAGGCACAAAAUUCACAGAAGUACUACUAUGAUUUAAGACGCCGGGAACCACCUCGCUAUCAAAUUGGAGACCAAGUUUGGUUAUCAACCAAAAACUUAAGGAUACAAGUACCCAGUAGGAAAUUGACUCAAAAGUAUUGUGGACCAUUCACAAUUGUGAAAGUUGUUAAUCAGAAUGCGGUUACACUUAAAUUACCACCUUGUAUGAAAAUACACGCUACUUUUCAUGUUUCCCUCCUUAAGCCUUAUACUCCAACGAGAUCUAAAGCUCCUAUACUCCCAUCCUCACUCAGCAUGCAAGACUCGGAUGUGUAUGAGGUUAAGGAACUCCUUGAUUCACGUUAUUCUAGAGGAAUGUUACAAUACCUUGUGAGGUGGAAGAAUUAUUCGGAAGAAGAAGAUAAUUGGGAGCCUGCUUCUAAUAUUUACGCACCUAGGUUGGUGGCACAAUUUCACAGGAGAUUUCCGGACCGUCCCAGGCCUCAAGCUGAGGAUCAGCUUGCUUGAGGGGGGAGUCAUGUCAGGAAUUGUGGUUAUGCUGUACCUUUAAGGAAUUCAACCAAUAGGAUUCUUCCUCCUCUCAUUUAAACACCUGCUCAGGUUACAAACGUUGCUUAGUAUUUUGUUGUUUUCACUAGUAACACUGAGCCUUGCUACAGCUGAAGUACUGCCUUCUCUCUGCAUUUGUUUAACCUCUUGGUCUUUUGUGUUUGCAAAUAGGAACUACAGUCACUGGAAUCAAUUCCUUUUAUUUAGGAACUUUCUGUUUGCACAUUCCUGCACAGCCAGUGACUGCAACUAAAUAUUCAUCUACCUUAUCAACACCCUCCAACUGCCUUCCUCCAGACUCACCAUUGUCUACUUAACAAAGGUACUCUGCAGAUGUACAUAUUUAAUUUUACCUUAUAUUUCUUGUGAAUUGCAUAAUAUCAGUUUAAGCUCUCCACUCUGUCCUGUGACAUCACAAGCUCUGCAAAGACUCAUCUGUGCACACAGAACAGGAAGUCUCCUCCCCUCCAGAUCAGAUACCAACAUUCAGAGACUCUAGUCACUGC